GUGCCUGGAGCGCCCGCUCGAUUGGACAGGGUUCAGAGCGGAUGCACAGCGCGCGUGAAAGAGUGAUGGAGGCUGAGGUUCGAGAUCACCAUGAAUGACAAAUAUCACAAGGCAGCUCGCGAUGGCUACCUUGACCUGCUGAAAGAAGCGACGCAGAAGGACCUGAACGCUCCGGAUGAGGAUGGCAUGACACCGACGCUAUGGGCCGCGUACCACGGCAACCUGGACGCGCUGCGGCUGAUCGCGGGGAGAGGGGGGAACCCAGAUAAGAGUGACAUAUGGGGGAACACGCCACUCCACCUGGCUGCCGCCAAUGGCCAUCUCAACUGCUUGUCAUUUCUGGUGUCGUUUGGUGCCAACGUGUGGUGCCUGGACAACGACUACCACACGCCUCUGGACAUGGCUGCCACCAAGAACCACAUGGACUGUGUACGCUACCUGGACUCUAUCGCUGCCAAACAGACUGCCCUCAAUCCCAAGUUAGUGAGCAAGCUGAAGGACAGAGCAUUUCGUGAUGCCGAACGGCGCAUCAAGGAAUGCGUUAAAUUGCAGCAAAAGCACCGGCGGCGCCUGGAGCGCAAAUUCCAGAGAGAGUCAACUGAAGUCUCUGAUGCCAUGAGCUUCUCCAGCUACACCAGCAGCACCUUGAGUCGCAAGUUACACCACUUUAAUACUACCACUAGUGUGCCAUACUCCCAGGCUACUCUUCAUGCCACAGCCAGGAGCAAAACUAAGAUCCAGAAGAAGCUUGAGAAGAAGAAGCUAGGUGAUGGGACCUUCAAAAUCUACGAAGAUGGCAGGAAGAGUGUCCGCUCUUUGUCUGGCCUACAACUGGGCAAUGACGUCAUGUUCUUGAAGCAGGGGACGUACGUCAAUCCCAAGGACCGGUCCCGUCGCAACAUACGUAACGUGUUCCCUAGUGACAGCGAGGACGCUAUCUCAUGUGCCAUCAGUGAGCCCGACCUGCAUGGACAAGACGCAGACUACUCAGAGAUCAGCACCGACUCAGGCCACGACUCGCUCUUCAACCGCCCCGGCCUGGGCACCAUGGUGUUCCGACGCAACUAUGUGAGCGGCGGACUCUUCGGCAUUGGCAGCAGAGAUGAAGGUAGUCUUGCAGGCAGCGAACGGGUCAAUAAUGUGCGCCUGCAGAGCCAGAUGCAACGCUCGCCCAGUCUGGACUACGACAGCAUUGGAAGUGCCCGUAGCCUACAGGAGAGGAAUGUGCAGGAGCUGCCAUGGGAAGAGGUAGAGUUGGGGUUGGAUGACGACGAUGAGCCCGACACCAGUCCACUGGAAGUGUUUCUGGCCACACAAAGCAUGAAUGAGUUCAUUCCUAUCUUCAAAAAAGAGAAGAUCGACCUUAAGGCCCUGUUGCUUUGCUCAGACAAAGACCUGAAGAGCAUUCAUAUUCCACUGGGGCCUCGCAAGAAGAUCAUAGAUGCCUGUCAACAACGAUUGGAGACUAUUCAAGACCCAGGCUCCAUAGAGGACACCCAGUUGUGAAGUCUGUCUUUGGCCCCGUUUCCACCUGGUAUUAAGAUGUGUUUCGGGUGAUCCGAUCACAUGUGGUCAGGUGAGACACAUCACUGUUUACACCUGGUCACUUAAAUGCAUCUCCUUUGACCACUUAUGUUUGGAUUUGGAGGGGACGGUCUCUGUUUAAUGAUGACAUACAUCAAUCAAUAUGUCAGUGUGUUACUGCAUGGUAUUAAAGCACAACAAAGUCAGAAAAGACAAAGAAAGCGCUAAAAAAACCCCAGAUGCGGUUGAAAUUUAAUCAAAGCACAAACGCAUCAUGUCAAGCAGAAUUAUUGGUUAUUUUAGUGGAUUACCUGUAUUAAAGGAGCUUCAAGUGUUCUUGCUUCUUUUCUGUAUUCAUAUCAGACAGACAGAAGAUCCAUGAAGCUCUUGUUAUUGUUUAUGUAUCCACUUUUUUAAAUUUUCCGAUCGGACGGUUAUUUCCUUUUAAAGCCGCUCAUAAUCGGCAAAGUUUAAACUCUUGAUUUAGCGCAACGACUGAUUGACAAGUGAGGGGUGGUGCUUCACUGCUGCAAGAACGCAUACAGGACGGAUUAGCAUUUACACCUCAAAUGUUAUGUGGACACAUGCUUUUUUGACUACAUUCGUAUGUGGUUUCCUUGAUCUGAUCACAAAACGUUUUAGACCCUGUUUAGACCUGUAUUUAGGGCUGACCACAUGUGAUGGGAUCACCCAAAACGCAUAUUCAUACCAGGUGGAAACGGGGUCUUUACAUCAAUGAAUGGAUAGUGUUCAAGAUAUUACAGUUUUAAAAAAAGUUUUACACAAUUGUGUCACCAAAAUAUUUGCUGUGUUUUGCUGUAACAACAUUGCACCAUUGUAGCAUUUUUCUUUGGAGAUGGUAAGAUAGUUUUUCAACAUUUGGCCAAUGUUUAUAGUGGAAAAAUGUCGAAAAAAACGUAAGGACAAUAUUACCCCUGUGACUGACACAAACAGCGGAAUAUGCGUGAAAAUGGUAAUUCAGUUUAAAUGUAAUGAUUACCAUGUGUCAUGUGGCAAACACUGAGUGAUAAAAUGAGAUCACACCUCAUUACACACACUCUUAGUCCAGUAAUAAUUCUGCCCCUGUGGGGCAUACAUUUAAGUGCCUGUGCUUGUGCCUGCACAUUUCUAUACAAAAUGUCAUUUAAGACAUAACUUAUGUAUAUAAUUAGAAAAAAAUGUCAAUACUUUGUUAGACUCACAAGGCUCAGGAUAUGCUACACAACACGAUGGGUAUUUUUAUCCAGUGUAGCACUUGCUGUUCUUGUUUAUACACAGGGAGACUUGGAUAGAUAAUGUAUGCUGCCAAAAAAUAAUUUUCUUAAACAAUAUUUUUGUCUUGUUUUCCAUUAAACAUAUCUUAUCCUUAAAACCCAUCAAAACUACAUGUAAGAUAUUACAACAUAUACAGUAUAUACCUUGAAGUAAGAUAGAUACUGUAUAAAUGUUUUAUUACCCCAUAGGCAAUUAAUAAUUUCUUUUUUUAAUAUGUAUUAAAAACAGGAAAAAUAAACGUAAUUCAAGAUGUAUUCUCUGAAAAAACAAAACACUCAAUUUUGUUUCUUAAUGAAAUGUAUGUUGUUUUAGGGAUGUUAAGGUAUUUUUACUGGAAAACGACAACAGUUCUGAUUAAGAAAAUGAUUUUUUGCUGCAUACACAAUUGCAGCUUUGGCUAGUUGUUGGAUAGCUGCAAUUGUGACCUAAAACAUUUUGUAAUACAUUUUGAAAUGUAAAUGGAUUAAAGGAAUCUGAAUUCAAUAUUGCAAGUAGCAAUGGAGUCUGUAUAUAGGAUAAUUGCAUUUGUUUAAGCAGUCACAUUAUGUUGCACAUUAUGUUUACAGUGCAUGUAUCUUGCCAUAACUCGUUUUGAGAAACAUGAGUAAAUGGAUGAGAUGUGUGACUCAUGGGUGAGUUUAGCUGAAAGAGUGAGCUCUUUGUUGAUCCUGGUGCUUUAACUUGCGGAGCUCAUUACCGCCGAGUAAUUUUGUUGAACACAACAGUAGUUUCUUGUUGAACUGAAGCAUACUGUAUUGUCAGUAAACAAUAUGGUUCAUGCACAGGGCUGCAGUCAACAGGUGUUUUAGAGCCCAUCUGUGCUUGAGUUUUUACAAAUGUCUUCCUUCAAUAUUUAUUACCCCAAACAACAUUUACAGCCAUGUUUUAUAUAACAGAUACAUUAACUUUAUAUAUAAUGAAAUGUAUGUAACUUAUAAAAACAAUAAAUUCAUUAUGUUGCUGCUU